AUGUUAGAAUUAGUAUGGGCAAAUAGUGAGAGCUCUGCUUCAAAAAGUCGACGUCUUAACAAUAAGGAAAAUGUUACUGUUAAAGGCAAUAAGCCCGAUUUCAAAAUCUCAACCGAUACUAAAGAUGAAGUUCUCUUCGGAGAAGUUAAACCAAGAGACUCGACUUCUGUAUUGGUCAAAAAAGAUCUAGUCAAACUUGCAGAGUUUCAGGCAG